AUGAAACAAUUAGAGCUUAUAUUUCCAACAUUUUGGCCACGCGAUUACCCGAUAAGCCUCACCGAUACUUUUGGAUCCCAUUCGUUGGAUUCAGCUAAGCGAGCUCAUAGGCACCGACCCAGUGUGCCAAAUGGCAAUUUUGCUGGGGUAAUUGUGGGGAUUUUGAAGAAACUUUACUGGGGUUUUGACCUCCAUGGGGUAAAAGAUAAGGCAUGGAUUUGA